AUGGCAAGCUCUGUUUAUCUCUGCCUGUUGAGGGCAGUUUUCCUGGUGUGCUUUGUUAACCCUUUAAUCCAAGGACUAAGUGGAGAUGCAAAUGUGAUCCAGAAUCCUCAUCAUCAACUGGAAGAGAAUCUCACUGGACUCCCAAUUGUCACAUUUAAAUGGCAUCAUGUUCAGACCCCAUACCUGGUGAUAAUUUGGGUAUUUGUGGCUGGAUUGGCAAAACUAUCAGUGGUUGAACUAAACCAUCAUGUCACCAGUGUGCUCCCAGAGAGUGGUCUGCUCAUCAUCAUGGGCUUUAUUUUGGGAGGAAUCGUCUGGGGAGCAGACAGGGCACAGACUUUUAAACUGCUUCCUCCCACUUUUUUCUAUUACUUGUUGCCCCAGAUCAUCUUGGAUGCAAGUUACUUUAUGCCCAACAAGCUUUUUUUCAGCAACCUGGGUGCCAUUCUCAUUUACGCCAUCUUCGGAACGUGCUGGAAUGCAGCUACAGUGGGCCUCUCGCUUUGGGGCUGCUAUGAGGCUGGAGCGAUGGGUAACUUGGACAUCGGUCUCCUGCAGUUUCUAUUGUUUGGCAGUUUAAUCGCCGCGGUGGAUCCAGUGGCCGUGAUUGCUGUGUUUGAAGAAGUGCAUGUGAAUGAGGUGCUCUUUAUCCUGGUAUUUGGAGAGUCGUUGCUCAAUGAUGGCGUCACAGUGGUGCUUUACAAUGUAUUUGAUGCUUUUGUUGCUCUUGGAGGCCCAAGGAUUGACGCCGCAGAGAUUUUUAAGGGCAUAUUGUCAUUUGUUGUGGUGGCUUUUGGAGGCUCGUUUCUCGGCAUUGGGUUUGCCAUCCUGCUGUCGUUGCUGACAAGGUGCACCAAACACAUUCAGAUCAUCGAAGCCGGCUUUGUCUUUGUGGUGGGCUACCUGGCUUACCUGACAGCAGAAAUGCUCUCCCUCUCGGCAAUACUUUCAAUCACCUUCUGCGGUAUAUGCUGUCAGAAAUAUGUGAACGCCAACAUGGAUGAGAAAUCGGUCACAACGGUCCGUCAUGCCAUGAAGUUGCUUGCAAACGGCUCAGAAACCAUGAUCUUUCUAUUCUUGGGUGUUACAGCCAUUGAUACAGAGAUCUGGGUUUGGAACACAGGUUUCAUCCUCCUCACCCUCCUCUUCGUCUUCAUAUACAGGAUCAUAGGUACCUUCUUGUUCACCUGGAUGUUGAACAAGUUCAGAUUGGUUCCCAUCGAGGUCAUUGACCAGGUUGUAAUGAGCUACGGUGGCCUGCGGGGGGCAGUGGCGUAUGGAUUAGCAGCCUUGUUAGACGAAGACAAGAUCCCAGAGAAGAAUCUGAUGAUUAGUACCACACUCAUUGUGGUGUAUUUCACUGUCAUUCUUCAGGGAAUCACAAUGAAGCCAUUGGUUCAGUGGCUCAAGGUCAAAAGAGCAGCUCAUUCAGACUUAAAACUUAUUGAGAAACUAAACAAUAGGGCAUUUGACCACAUUCUAGCAGCAGUGGAGGACAUUUGUGGAUGUAUAGGAGAUAAUUGGUGGACCAGAGGUUGGAAUAGGUUUGAGGAAAAUUAUAUCAGCUGGUUAUUGAUGAAACCUAAGGCCAGAAAGAACAGAGACUACCUAUUUAGUAUCUUCCACAAACUCAAUCUGGAGGAUGCUAUUAACUACGUCAGUGAGGGUGAACGCCAAGGUUCUCUGGCCUUCAAUCGUAGUGAUGAAGCAGCCAACGUAGAUUUCAAGAAACAAUUUGGUUCAGAAUUUGCAGAUGUGAUGCCUAAUAUAAUGGUUGAUAUGUCAAAUUACGAGCUUGGGAUCGAACAUUUUCCAGUAACCUCCAUUGUAAAAGACACCAUUCCCUCUGUAUCCCUGGACAUCCAUGGGCAAGACAGGAAGAAUGCGAUGGAUGACAUCAAUGCCCAUCAUCUUCUACAGCAGCACCUGUACAGGAGCAGAAAGCAUCACCGUCACAAAUACAGUCGCAGUCACUUCAGCAUCAACCAGAAUGAGGACGAGGUGCAGGAGAUCUUUCAGAGGACCAUGAGGAGCCGCCUCGAGUCCUUCAAAUCAGCUAAGAUGGGUGUCAAUCCUGCCAAAAAGAUCACAAAGCACCACAAGAAGGAGCUAACGCAUAAGAUGCCUAACGGACACCCAGACACCACAGGCCACCUAUACGGAGAUGAAGUUGACAGUGCUGUGGGGAGCGAGACUGGUGCUAUCAAUAGUACUUUCAUGAGAGACACGUAUGCAGUGGGAGCUGGCAUAGAGAAUCCAGUAUUCUUGCCAGAUAUGGACAGUCCCUCUCACAGCCUACCUUGGCUAAUGGAGACUGAGGCUGUCGCACCUUCCCAGAGGGCCCAGCGACGCCUGCCCUGGACACCCAACAGACUCCGGCGUCUUGCACCCAUGAGGAUCAGCACCUGCUCCACAGACUCCUUCCUCAUGGCUGAUGUUUCUUUAACUCUGGAGGAACAUGAGGAACAGUCCCAAACAGACCAUGAAGAAAUGUGA